AUGUCUUGGCUCUUCGGCUCUCUCCAACCAGACGAUCCACAUGAUGAAGCCAAGCAACCACAGAGUCCUUCCAGUUCCCGCGUACCAAACGACUUGUCGUUUCUCGGCCAAACCCUCGGUCGCCAACUCCGCGGCGUCGCCAGCUUCCUCGUUCCACCACCACCAUCAUCAUCACCGUCCCACGACGCCGUUCCCUCCUCCAAUUCUCAACCGCAGCCGCCGUCACAAUCGCAAUCGCAAUCGCAACCGCUUUUAGGAAUCCGAAACGAUCUGGUGGAGAUCGGCGGCAGCUUCAAGAGCGGUCUCUCGCUUCUCUCUACAAAUAGUAACAAAGCCGUCACUGAGAUCUCCAAGUUCGCUUCGAACUUGUUGCAGCUUCAGAACAAAGCUCUGGAAGACGAUGCUGAUGAUGAUGAUGACGGUUCCGUGCCGGGGAUUACCGACGACGUUAUCGGUUUCGUCACCGAAAUUUCGGUGCUGCCAAACUAUUGGACCGACUUUCCUAUACCAGUCGAUCAUGAUUUCAGCAUGUCUGAUGCUCAGAGAGAACAUGCCUCCACUGUUGAACGAUUGGUUCCAGGCUUUGCAGACCUAAGAAACAGACUUGGCAGUUCCAUGAGCGAGAAACGAUUUUGGAUGAUCUAUUUCUUGCUGUUGCUUCCGAGACUAAAUGAACACGAUUUUGAGCUUCUAUCAACCCCCAAGAUUGUUGAAGCAAGAGACGUGCUUCUGCACAAGCUUCAAAACAAGAGGAACACACAGGUGGAUAGCUGUGAGAAGUCAAUUCUUGAUUCACCUAAAAAGGACAUCCAGGUUGGAAAGGCACAAGGGGUGGAAAUCUCAUCUCAAGAAAAUGAAGCUUUGACUGAGAUAGUUAAUACAGCAGGAAGGUUAAAGAUCGAUGACGAAGAGAGCACUGAGCAGUGGUCUGAAGAGGCAAGUAUUAGUUCUGGCACUUUCGUGGAUGGCCAAAGGAAACAUGAAACUGAAGAGGAUAUCUCAUUCAGCGAUUUAGAGGACGAUGAAAAUGACCUUUCUAGUUCUACUAGACUAUCAGGCCUAAGGCGAGGACGAGACGUCAGGGCAUGUUCACCCUAUGGAUCAAAUGACUGGGUUCAGCUGAAUAGAAGUUCUGAGAUUGAGGGUGGCCAGCGAAAGGCUGGUCAGUCAAAAGAGAGAGAUUCAGAAGGUGAGGAUUCAAAUGACUGGCUUACUGUAGAUGGGUUUGAUUAG